AUGUUUGAACAUGCUCAGUUUUGUCGUAUCAUCGCUGUUUGGGUGCUCAUUGUUACUGUAGCAGAACACCUAGUUGAGGCGGAAUAUAUGCGAGGAUGUUAUUUUACCAACUGGGCACGAUAUCGAACAGGUCGCUGUAAGUUCUCACUUGACACAUACCAACCUGGAAUGUGCACUCAUGUGUUUUAUGCAUUUGCCAAAUUUAACUACGAUUUUGAAGCAGAACCAACUGACCCUGAAGAUUUACCUUCGUCGUACUAUAUUGGAACCUACGCUACAGUGACUAAUCUAAAAAAAAUUGAUCCAGACUUAAAAAUAUCUCUUUCUUUUGGUGGUUACUCGUUCGGAGGAUACUUAUUUGGAUUGAUGGCUAGUACAGAAACAAAUAGGCAAAAAUUUAUUUCAUCAGCAAUUGAAUUUGCAAGGCGAUACAAAUUUGAUGGUAUUGACAUUGAUUGGGAAUACCCAAGUGCAAACGAGAAGCAACUUUAUGUUUUAUUUAUCAAGGAGCUACGUGAUGCAGUAGAAGCCGAAAGUGAAAGUACUAAGCAACCGCGAUUAUUGGUAACUGCAGCUGUUCCAGCCGGAAAAGCUACGAUUGAUACGGGAUACGACGUCGCUGCUUUAGCACCUUACAUGGAUUAUUUUCUUGUAAUGACUUAUGAUUACCAUGGAUCGUGGAAUUCAUACACCGGUAACAACUCUCCAUUAUUUGCGCGUGAAAAUCAGACUGAUAAAACAUUUUGUGAUGUAAGUUCGUUCAACGCGGCAAUCUUUACUCAACUGCGUGUCGAGUAUUUACAGGCCUGGACGAUGAAUUACUACGCUAGUCUCGGUGCUCCGAAGAACCAACUUAUAAUGGGAUUUCCAAAUUACGGUAGAGGCUGGAUGCUUCGGAAUCGGCAGGAAAAUUAUGUUGGAGCUCCUGCAAAUGGUCCAUCGCCAGCGUAUCCCUGCACCCAAACGGCUGGCAUCGCCGCUUAUCUAGAGAUCUGCGAAGUUCUCGCAAAACCAGGUGUGCAAGAUCUGUUUAAUGAAGAACAGGAAGUGCCGUAUUUUAUAAACGGGGACGAGUGGAUGAGUUACGACGACGUUGAAUCAGUCCGUAUUAAGGCUGAGUGGGCCAGGAACGAAGGAUUCGGAGGCGGCUUCGUAUGGACCCUUGACUUCGACGACUUUAAUGGUCAAUGCCCUGGUAACUCUCAUCCAUAUCCGUUAACUCGCACAAUGGGCAGUGUUUUCUCAAACGGUCAAUUGCCCUCUCCGGUACCAACAGUUGCUCCUUCUACUUCUCGGCCGACGGUUCCAGCAGUAACUGCCACAACUGUUGCUCCGCCUCAGACGUCAUCUACUGCUGCACCGGGAGUAUUUACUUGCCCCGGAGACGGUCUUUACGCUGAUCCGACCAACUGUAACAGAUUUUACCAGUGUACGUUCGGACAGUCCUACCUGCUAUCUUGCCCGCCUGGUCUUCAUUUCAGUCCUCUGUACAAAGUUUGUGAUUUUGCUGGGAAUGUUAGCUGUAAAGUGUAA